AUGGAUCAUCGUUCUUGUAUAGCAAAAAGGACCCGCUCUCAAAAUGAGCUAUACCAUUCUCCUAUAGCAAAAAGGACCCGAUCUCAUCACAUCCAACGUUUCUUUGAAAUGACGAAGAACACAUAUUCUUUGCCAAAAACCCGUAGAAAGAGAGCACGACAUGUUUCAAGAGUGAAUUUGGGUUGUAAUGAGCAACGUGAAGAGACUAAAGCUGACGAAAUGGAUGAAAAUGAUUGUGACUCUAAGAUGGAGUUUGAGCCAAAGCUAGGAUUCAACGAAAGUGAAGCCAUGCUGGAGAUAGAACCGAUAGCAAAAAGGACCCGAUCUCAUCAUAUCCAACAUUUCUUUGAAAUGACGAAGAAUACAUAUUCUUUGCCAAAAACCCGUAGAAAGAGAGCACGACAUGUUUCAAGAGUCAAUUUGGGUUGUAAUGACCAACGUGAAGAGACUAAAGCUGAAGAAAUUGAUUGUGACUCUAAGAUGGAGUUUGAGCCAAAGCUAGGAUUCAAUGAAAGUGAAGCCAUGCUGGAGAUUGAUGUUGAUCACUGUGAUCAGGGGAUGGGAUUUGAAGGAAGUAACGUAGAUCCGAAACCGAAACCGAAACCGGAACUUGAUGAAAGCAAAGUUUUGGAUGUUGAUGAUGAUGAAAGCGAUACUGGCAUUGAUGAUCCGAACUCAGAUCAAUGGCUUACUUCUAGUGAUACCGACAAUGAUGAUCCAAAUGACGAGGAUUUUGAUGCGGCCAGUGUUAGUAUGGAGGAGUCGAGCUCUUCUUCCUCAGAGGAGUACGAGGAAGAAAACAAUGAGGGUAAUGAGAAUGCAGAGAAGAAGGCAUGUUCGGGAAAAAGAAAUCGGACAAGGCUUGGUUUUUCAGGCAAGGCAAAUGUGAAGAAAAAUGGUAAUCAAUUGGAUGAUGUUCAUGAAGAAACAGUAAGUAAAUUUAAAGGCAAUGAAAGUGAUAAACAAGAGCCGGGGGAAGAGAAUGGAAGUUCGAAAGCAGAGGAAUUCGACACGAAAUUGAGGAAGGCCGGUGAUGUGAAGCAAGCUGGUGCACUCCAAGACUGUGAUGGGGGACCGAAGGUUUUUAAAACUUAUGAGUGGAGAAAAGGAUCGGAGCGGAAGAAGCAUUGUUAUUCAACUAGUACAUAUGGGGUGAAGAAGGGUGAUAAAGAAUCCAAUGGAACUUCCAAAGAAAAUGGGAAGAGUAAUGAUAAGUUCAAUGGUGAUGGCGCGGAAAAUGAGCAGCAACUUGGCAAAGAAAAGGGAAAUCACAAAGAAGGGGAAUCAAGGAAGACAACUGAGACAAAGCAACGAAGGGUAAAAGAAGAUAAUGAUGCAGGUCUUGUUCGGAAUAAUGAUAACUUUCGUGAUGAUGGAGUAGGAAAAAGAGAAAAAAAGUUUACUAAUGAGCAGCAACUUGGCAAAGAAAAGGGAGAUCAGGGAGAAGGGGAAUCGAGGAAGGCAACUAAGACAAAGCAAGGAAGGGUAAAAGAAGAUAAUGAUGUCAGUCUUGUUCGGAAUAAUGAUGACUUUCGUGAUGAAGGAGUAGGAAAGAGAGAGAAAAUGUUUACUAAUGAGCAGCAACUUGGCAAAGAAAAGGGAGAUCAGAAAGAAGGGGAAUCGAGGAAGACAACUAAGACAAAUCAAGGAAGGGUAAAAGAAGAUGAUGAUGUAGGUCUUGUUCGGAAUAAUGAUAACUUUCGUGAUGAUAGAGUAGGAAAGAGAGAUAAAAAGUUUACUAAUGAGCAGCAACUUGGCAAAGAAAAGGGAGAUCGGGGAGAAGGGGAAUCGAGGAAGACAACUAAGACAAAGCAAGGAAGGGUAAAAGAAGACGAUGAUGUAGGUCUUGUUCUGAAUAAUGAUAACUUUCGCGAUGAUGGAGUAGGAAAGAGAGAUAAAAAGUUUACUUAUGAGCAGCAACUUGGCAAAGAAAAGGGAGAUCAGAAAGAAGGGGAAUCAAGGAAGACAACUAAGACAAAGCAAGGAAGGGUAGAAGAAGAUAGUGAUGUCGAUCUUGUUUGGAAUAACGUUAACUUUCUUGAUGACGGAGUAGGAAAGAGAGAUAAAAAGUCUCCUAAGAGAAAGCCACUGAAAGGUUCUGAUAUCUUUAGAAUUCUUGCUGACUCUGUUUUGGAUAAAGGAAAACCACUUGAAGGUGAGGCUCAUGAACAAGAAGAUAAGCCUUCAGAUGAGUAUACACUACCCUUGAUCUUCAAGUUUGAAGAUCAGGAGCCCGAGCCAGCGGAAAAAUCUGAAUUUGAAAAAAUGGUUGAUAACUUAUUUGCUGAGAUGGACUUCGCUCUAAAAUCCGAGGAGAUGGGUAGCUUUGAACAUGAGGUCAAUGACAAGACAAAUGUUCCAGAAGCUGAAACAAAUCAAACCAUCCUUUGCCAGCUAGGGAAACAUAAUCUUGUCCUUGAUGAGCAAAUUGGAAUAAGAUGCCUCCAUUGUUCUUAUGUAGACCUUGAGAGUAAAUAUGUACUACCGCCUUUGAGAACAUGUACUGCCAAAGCAUCAGAUAGAGUAGAUUAUAUUGGCAGCAAGGACUUCCAUAUGUUUGACAAACUUGAUUUUCAAGCUUCAAGAGAUAAUUUCAGGGACCCUUUCAAUCAUACCAAAGGCACUGUCUGGGACAUCAUCCCCGGUAUCAGAGAGAGCAUGUAUCUUCACCAGCAAGAAGGUUUUGAGUUCUUAUGGAAGAACUUGGCAGGAACCACUAACCUUGCUGAGUUGAAGCAUUCCAAUUUAAAUGAAGCGGGUGGCUGCAUUAUUUCACAUGCCCCUGGAACUGGGAAAACCCGCUUGACGAUCAUCUUUAUCAAGACCUACUUAAAAUUAUUCCCAAAUUUUAAGCCAGUCAUUAUUGCUCCAGCUAGUAUGCUUCUUACUUGGGAAGAAGAAUUCAGAAAAUGGAAAGUUGAAUUUCCAUUCCACAACCUCAACAAUCCAGAGUUCUCGGGUAAGGAAAAUAAAACAGCUCUUAGAUUUCUACGGGAGAGCAAGUGCCAAAAUAAAGAUGCAGUUCGUAUGGUGAAGAUGUAUUCAUGGAGCAAGGACAAAAGCAUCUUAGGGAUAAGCUACAGUUUGUUUGAAAAGUUUGCUGGACAAAAAAUCAUAAAAGGUAAAGGAAAGAAGCCGAAGAAGGUUGUUCUUGAUAAGAAGUGGAGGAAGAUGCUGCUUGAGUUGCCUGACAUUGUAGUUCUUGAUGAAGGUCACACCCCUCGCAAUCACAGGAGUUGCAUUUGGAACACGCUUUUGAAACUCCGAACGGAAAGGCGGAUCAUACUUUCAGGAACUCCAUUUCAGAACAAUUUUGGUGAGCUCUUCAAUACAUUACGUCUUGUAAGAUCAGCAGUUGCAGGCCUUCUUGCCCAAGAAAAGACUUUCGCAGACACGAUUUCAUCGAGAGGUGGGAAAUACGGCAGAAAACAGUGGAGGGGAGAAAGGGCUAUUUCAAGUAGAAAAAUUGUUGAUGAUGCCAUAGAGAGGCUUAAAGCCACCAUAGCACCAUUUGUCCAUGUUCACAAAGGAAGCAUUCUUCAAGAAAGUCUUCCUGGUUUGAGAGACUGUGUGAUCCUUCUAAAUCCACCCUUAUUGCAGAAGCAUGUUAUUGAGAGAAUAGAAGGUCGCCAAUUCAUGAUGGAUUACGAAUAUAAGGUGGCGUUGGCCUCUGUCCACCCAUCUCUAUUACUUCAUUGUUCUUUGUCUCAGAAAGAGAAUUCCAUCAUUGAUCAUAAUAAAUUAGAACGGCUCAAGCUUGAUCCUGACAAAGGUGUUAAAACAAGAUUCGUCAUGGAACUCAUCCGCCUUAGUGUCGCAAUGAAUGAGAAAGUCCUGAUCUUCAGUCAGUUUAUCCACCCAUUAGAAUUAAUAAAGGACCAGCUUAGAGAAGUUUUUGAUUGGAAUGAAGGAAGAGAAGUGUUGCAAAUGCAAGGGAAACUCGAUCAGAAGCACCGGCAAAAUAUGAUAAGUAUUUUCAAUUGUCCAAAGGGUGAUGCAAAGGUAUUGUUAGCAUCAAUAAGGUGCUGUUCUGAGGGGAUAAAUCUGGUUGGUGCUUCAAGGGUUGUUCUGCUUGAUGUUGUUUGGAAUCCAUCGGUACAAAGGCAAGCUAUAAGUCGGGCUUACAGGCUUGGACAAAAGAAACUUGUCUAUACUUACCAUCUCAUGACAGCCGGGACAACAGAGGGAGACAAGUAUUGUAGACAGGCCGAGAAGGACCGUCUAUCUGAGCUGGUUUUCUCUUCCACAGAGAAGGAGAAGGAGAAGGAGAAGGAAAGGAAUUGUACUGCAGUUUUCAAUGACAAAAUUCUGGAUGAGAUGAUAGGACAUGAAAAGCUGAAGGAUAUGUUUGAGAAGAUAGUUUAUCAGCCAAAGGAGACUAAUUUAAUUGUAAGUUUUGGUUAGGGUUCACUGCAAUACACAGUUUAAGCAAAUUUGGCAAUGUCAAGAUUUUGGAUAUUCUUCUUUAAGGUACUCGACAGCACCUCUCUUGUUUCAUUUUGUUAUGUGUUGUUGUCCUCAAACGAGUCGAAGUACUUUUUAUCCAGGUGCAUAAAACUACAGUUGUUCCAUUUUGUUAUGUUGCCCUCCAACGACAGUUUGUACAUGAGUGCUCGUGUUCCAUUUUGUUCCGUACUCUUGCCAUCAAAAGAAUUUAAGAACUUUGUAAA